GCCGUCAGAACCUUUGGUCCCCUCUCAACACGCUUAAGAUUUAAAAGAUUGGGCCGCCUUUCGAUAAGGCCACAUAUUUGGCAGUGGAGCCUAUAAUGAGAAGAUUCUUAGUGAGGUGUAUGGGAAUGUCAUCACUAACGGAGAGAAACAACACGCACCGCUCGAGUCUCAUCUUGCCUGCUUUCCGCGAUGCCGAUUUUUCAUAUCCUCUAGCGAGUCACAGCGCCUCGUUGCAAACUUACGAGCUCCGCAGCAGCUACGCGUGGCUCGAUGGGCCCAUAGAAGGGCAGAUUACAACUGGCGGAAGCCAUGCGCCAUGUUCCGUGGAUCUAGCUCCAAUAGCUUCGGAAAGCAAUAUACAGAAUAUACCUGCAAGUUUCCUGGGUCCGCCAAGCCGGUCACGAAAGAGGAAGGCUCCAACACUGCGCGCCGAGGACUGGGAGCCGUACAAAGGUCGCAUCAUCGAGCUCCAUGUUACACAAGGACUAUCCCUGAAAGAAGUUAAGAAGAAGAUAGAGAACGAGUUUGGCUUCAGUGCUGAGCUACGUCAAUAUCGAACACGCAUAACCCAAUGGGGUAAGGACAAAAACAUCAAGCCAGAGGAGAUGGAAGCAAUUGUCCGGAAACGGCAGCGAAGGAGACUCGUGGAGGUCAACAAAGAGGAGCUGGUCUUUACCGUUAGGGGCAAUGCAGUGGAGACGCAGAAGAUCGACCGAUGGAUGAAGCGGAAUAACGUCCCUGAAAGCUUCUUGUACACCCCUGAUCCCCCGGCAUCCACCCCGUCCCCUGUGAACUGUCGAACUAUUUCCGAGCGCGGUUCUCCGGCCCGGAGUCCCGCAUUUUCAGCAGCGACUCCUGUCCUUUCAUCAGGAGACAGUAUCUCCAUCACCCCGAACCCACAGAAGUCCUCUCCUGCACCUUCAAUCGCUAGCAUAAUUCGGCCGCAGAGCAGCACUUUCACUGGGCAAAGUCCGGCUCCUACCUAUCGAUCUCUUCCAAGCUUCCUUCUAGGCUCAGUCCUUAUUCCAGGCGGCUAUAAAGGUCAAUUAGAUACUGCGGCUGGUUUUCUGCAUGCUCGGUACAAACAGACGGACGAAGAGCAUCUGCGAGAAGAACUGUCUAGGGCAGAGACUUUAUUCGGGCUUAACCACUCCGAGACCCUGGGCAUACUAUCUAAGCUAGGGAACGUGCUCAUGGAUCAAGGAAGAUACAAGUCAGCUGAAGAAGUGAUUCGCAGAUUGGUGGAAGGUCGCCGAACAGUGGGCGGUAACGACGAGGUUGACACGCUUGAUGCCCUGGAACUGCUUGGGGAAGUUUUAGUCCUUCAAGGGCUCUAUCCUAAGGCUGAGAAACUGCACCGACAGACGUUUGAGUUUAGAAGAGCUAUUCUAGGGAGUGAGCAUCCUUCCACGCUAAGCAGCAUGGGCAACCUGGCGUCGACGAGCAGGAACCAAGGGCGGUGGAAGAAGGCUGAAGAGCUAGAGGUGCAAGUGACGGAAAUGAGAAAAAGGGUGCUUGGGGAUGAGCAUUCAGACACGCUGCGCAGCAUGGGCAACCUGGCGUCAACAUAUAGGAACCAAGGGCGGUGGAAGGAGGCUGAGGAGCUGGAGGUGCAAGUGAUGGAGACGUUCAAGAGGGUCCUUGGGGAGGAGCAUCCNNNCACGCUGACCAGCAUGGCCAACCUGGCGUCGACGUUUUGGAAUCAAGGCCGGUGGAAGGAGGCCGAAGAGCUGGACGUGCAAGUGAUGGAGACGAGAAAGAGGGUGCUUGGGGAGGAGCAUCCUUCCACGCUGAUGAGCAUGGCUAACCUGGCGUCGACGUAUAGGAGCCAAGGGCGGUGGAAGGAGGCUGAAGAGCUGGAGGUGCAAGUGAUGGAGACGUUCAAGAGGGUGCUUGGGGAUGAGCAUCCAGACACGCUGAGUAGUAUGGCCAACCUCGCACUCACAUUUCGAUCGCAGCCUUGCGGUCCAACAACCUUGGCUACUCUAUGCCCUCACCGUGAACCAACUCACCUCUUGUAG